UACACAACUGUCAAAAUUAUAUCUUAUUUAUUCUUUAGACUUGAAACAUACUGCAUUGGAUUUGCCCGAAAAGGAAUAUGAAUAUUAUUUCGGAGACCCGCAAGUCAGAAGUUUUGAAAUACAAAAUUGAUCUGGACGAAAAACAGCAUGAGGCAGAAAAGAAUAAACUUUUGCUGGAACAAGAGAAAGAACGUCAUGAGCUUGAAAAUGUGAUUGACGUUUUAAAAGAUCGUACUAUAGAUCAAGAAGAUAAAAUUUGUCAACUUGAUCAGGCAAACUGUAAGAAGGACAAGAAAAUUGAGCAACUGAAAAGGAAGGAAGAAAAAAUGAUCAGGAUAAAGGAAGAGUUGUUGGGCAAAAUUUCAAUUUUGGAAGAACAAGUACAAUCUUCAACAGAAACGUGUGAGAAACAACAAAAUGAAAUAAAACGUCUUGGAGGGGAGAUAUCGCGUGUCGAAAAUGAACUUCAAGUUAUGAAAUACGACAACCAGUUGCAAGACAAUGCCAUUAAUGGUCUUACAGCAGAAAUUAAAUUACAACAAGUUACGAUGAACACACACUUAAAUAGUAUUACUAAACAAUUGGAUAAUCAAUCCAAGGAGUCUGCGAAAAUGGCUGCAAUGCUCGAGAAUAUGUCAAUAGCAAAAGAUACAGAAAGAAGUGUUAACAUUCAAACAGCGCAGCAUGUUACUUUGUCACUCAAUCAAAAAGGUGGUCGCACUGGGAUGUGUGCAGAGAGAAAAGCUGUCCCAGUAAAGAUUUUUAAUCCACAAAUACGAAGUACUGGAAACCUUUCCAAUUUUCCGGGUAAAAGGUCUCUUUUAAACAGAAAGAAUCAACAAAAAGCUGAAUGAUUAAUUGCAGAUGUAAACAAUUUAACAAUUAAAAGAAGACUGGAACAAGAAGUUUAAUUGAAGAUUAAUUCGUGUUUUGCACUCAUACAAUCAUCAAAAUCUAACAAUAGGACAACUAACUUCUACAUGUCUUUGGUCAUACAUUG